CAGACUCUGACAUUUUCUUCUAUCUUACUGAGACGAUGACUGUCCAUUUUAUCUCAUGUGUAGGUAUUCUCAUUCUGUAGUUCACAUGGGUUUUCUUUUGGAAAUUUUCACUGUGAAAACAUAAACCAUUUAGAAUUUGUACCUCCCUUUUUUCAUUUGUUCUUUGGUUGAUCCUUUUUGUUAAAAUUUCUGUUUGAUGUAUUGUGGAACGAGCAUGUUCAUUUUGGUUUUUCUUUGCGGAGGGGGGAAGCAAUGAUUGAGCAGAGAGUUGACCAGAAACAUGGUCGUCUGGACAGGGCUGAAACCAUAAUGAGCCACUCACAGGCCCCCAGGAAACGCGCUUUUGAGUCAAGCGGCUGUUGCUUCUUCAUUUUGUCGUCCAUGUGAAGCGACCAAACUCAGACAUGGCUUCUCUAUCAUUUUGUCAUCUGUGGUUUGAGUGCGUUCCCUUGGCAUUCAAAUCUGAAUCUUAAUCCAUAGAUUCUUGUUAACAGCUUCUUGUUUUCUUUACUAAAAGCUGUGGCUAUGGAGCUGGCUGUGGAAUUUGUCACUGCCUUUUCCUCUGUACUUGUCGACCACUCAGUGGCUUCUGUUGGGCGACAAAUUGGUUAUUUGCUCAAGUACAAGACCAACAUAGAGGACCUCAAGAACCAACUUCAGAAACUGAAAGAUGAAAGAGAUAAGGUGCAGCAUUGGGUUGAUGAUGCUACAAGAAGAGGGGAAGAGAUCGAGGCUGUUGUCCAAAGGUGGCUAGACAAUGUGGACAAGAACAUUGAAGAAGGAGAGAAGGUUAUCAGGAAAGCCGAAGAAAGAGCCCAAAAGGAAUGGUUUAGAAGGUCAUUGAGAUCACGUUAUCGGGUUGGCAGGAGAGCAGCAAAGGAGACAGAGACUAUUGUUAAACUUAAUGUCGAAAGCAGCUUUGAGAGGGUUUCAUAUCGUCCUCUUCCACAAGGGAUAGGGAUUACAAGUGUCAAAGGUUACGAGGACUUCAACUCAAGAAAGCAUACCUUGAAUGGAGUUAUAGAGGCCUUAAAGGAUCCAAAUAUCGGCAUGGUUGGGAUAUACGGGAUGGGUGGUAUUGGAAAAACCACAUUAGCGAAAGAAGUUGCCAGUAAAGUCAAGCAAGAAGGAGAAUUUCCUGUUUUGGUUUUCGUGGAGGUCUCCCAGGAACAAGAUAUUAAGAAAAUUCAGGGAGAAAUUGCAGAUAAGCUGGGCUUGGAGUUUCGGGAAGAGACUUUAUCAGGCAGAGCAGAUAGGCUAUGUGACAGAUUGAAGAAGGAGAAGCGGAUCCUCAUAAUUUUGGACAAUCUGUGGGAGAAACUUGACUUGGAGAAAGUGGGGAUUCCUUUUGGUGAAGCUCACAAGGAAUGCAAGAUCCUAGUGACAUCAAGGGAUCAAAAUGUUUUGUCACGUGAGAUGGAGACUCAGAAGAAUUUUCCAGUUGGCAUUUUACCUGAGAAGGAAGCAUGGGAACUGUUCAAGAAAAUGGCAAGCAGCACCGUUGAGAAUCCUGAUUUGCAAGUAACUGCAACUGAGGUAGCAAAGGAGUGUGCAGGUUUGCCCCUUGCCAUUGUAACAGUUGCAAAGGCUUUGAAAAAUAAGAGCUCAUCCGAAUGGAAGAAUGCAUUGCUAGACCUACGGAGGCCUUCCUCGAGGAACUUCACCGGAAUACAGGCAGUUAUAUAUUCAACUAUUGAGUUGAGUUACAACAAUUUAGAAACUGAAGAACUAAAAGCAACUUUCUUGCUUUGUGGUAUUAUUGGUAAUACUAUUAUUAUGGACUUGUUGAAAUAUGGUAUAGGCUUGGGUGUAUUUCAAGAAACCAAGACCAUGGAAGAAACAAGAGAUAGAGUAAAUUCUUUACUCUGUAACCUUGAAGCCUCUUGUUUGCUGGUUGAUCGUUCUACCAAUGAUCAGUUUGCCAUACAUGAUGUUGUCCGUGAUGUCGCUCUAUCAAUUGCAUCUCGAGACAAGCACGUGCUCACAAUUAAAAAUUCGGUUGGGCCAAGAGAGUGGCCAUAUGCUGAUUCAACUGGAAUCCUCUUAUUGCACAGUGACAUCAGGGAGCUUCCUGAAGAAAUGGAAUAUCCAAAAUUGAAAUUUAUCUGUAUAUGGAAUCCUUCUCUGGAGCUUCCUGAAAAUUUUCUGAAUAGGAUGAGGGAGCUAAGAGUUCUGGAUUUCACUGAAAUGCGCAUCCCAUCAUUACCUUCCUCAAUAUGUCUCCUUGCCAACCUUCGUAGCUUGUGUCUAUAUUCUUGUGUGUUGCAAGAGAUAACUAUUAUCGGAGAAUUAACAAAGCUUGAAAUUCUCAGCUUUGUAGAUUGUGAUGUGGAACAAUUGCCAAAGGAAUUAGGCCAACUUACUAGGCUACAGUUGUUGGAUUUGAGUGAUUGCCCCAAAAUCAAGGUAAUUCCUCGGGGUGUCAUAUCAAGCCUAUGUAGAUUAGAAGAACUGUACCUGGGUAACAGCUUCAAGCUAUGGGAAAAUGAAGAUCUAAGAAAUCAGACAAGCAAUGCUAGCCUUGCAGAGUUAAGGUGCUUGCCUAACCUGACAGCUCUUGACAUACAUAUUCCUAACAUCCAGAUUAUGUUGAAUGAUUUAUUUUCUGAAAGGUUGACUAAAUACCGAAUAUUUAUGGGAGAUGAAUGGGACUGGCAUGGUAAGUAUGAAACUGAAAGAACAUUAAAACUCAAGCAUGGCACAAGCUUUCUUUUGGAGGAUGGAAUGUACAAGUUGCUUGAAAAAACUGAAGAUCUGUAUUUGGAUGAAUUGAAGGGUGAACCAAGCAUUCUUUGGAAACUAGACAGGGAAGGAUUGCCACAACUGAAACAUCUCCAUGUCCACAAUAGUCCCGACAUUAGAUACAUCAUAAACACAAUGGACGAUCCAUGGAUUAGUUCAAAAGCUUUUCCAAUUUUGGCGUCCUUGUUUCUUCAGAAUAUGAUCAACUUGGAGAAGAUAUGUCAUGGGAAAUUCCCAGUGGGGUCUUUCAGCAAAUUGAGAAUAAUAAAAGUAGGAAGCUGUGGAAGACUGGAGAGUCUGUUUUCAUUCUCCUUGUUCAAGGACCUUGUGGAACUUCAAGAAAUUGAAGUAACUGACUGUGAGAAAAUGUUAGGUAUUGUUGCUGAGGAAAGACUGGUUGCUGUUGUUGAUAAUGAAGCCAGAAGCAAUGUCGAGCUUUGUCAAUUACAUUCCUUGACACUGAAGAAUCUAUCUUCGUUCAUUAGCUUCUGCCACAUGGAUUCGCCUUCAACAUCCUGGAGUACUAUGUCCAACUCUAUGCCACUUUUGGAUGAAAAGGUUCGAUUCCCUAACUUGGAAGAAUUGAAACUAACCUCUGUGAAGAUAGCAAAGAUUUGGCCUGACCAACUCCAAACAAUCUCUUCUUGCCUGAAGAAUCUGAAAACCUUGAAUCUGGAGGGAUGUGGUAGUUUAACAUGUCUAUUCCCUUCUUAUAUGCUUAAAAAUCUUAUGCAACUCAAAACACUUGUAAUACGCAAUUGUAACGCAAUAGAAAGGGUCAUGGAGAAAGAAGCAAUCAACCACUUGCUGUUCCCUGAAUUAUAUGACUUGAGGCUUGAAAAUCUUCCAAAACUCACUGGAUUUUGUGCAGCAAAUUUAAUUGAAUUUCCAUCCUUGAGAUGGCUGGUAAUAAAGCAAUGCCCUGAAUUGAAGACGUUUAACCUAAACACUACCGGUGCACCAAGUGUUGUGGGUGGAGAUCAUUCAAGAACACACUCAGGGAGGAGAAUCAAUGGUGACAUUCCUCUGUUUGAUGAAAAGCUUGGAUUGCCAAACAUAGAGAGGUUAAUAAUUGAUGGUCUGCAGAAAAGUGGAGAAAUUAUGGCACAACCAACUUGCUGCUGGUGCUUUCUCCAGGAUAGAUUAUCUUUCCAUAUGGAAUUGUAGAAGGAUCAAGAAUAUUUUUCCAUCUAAUAUGAUGAGCAAGCUCCAGAGAUUAGACCGGUUAGGAAUAAAUCUCUGUGAUUCAUUACAGGUGAUAUUUGAACACCAAGAGCCCAAUUUAACUGUCCCUCAAGCAACGGAGACAGGAAC